ACGCAUUAUGUUCUUCUCCUUUGUUCGUUCAAGGAACAACUCCAACAACAUGUCCGAGUUCAUGCAAUGGAAGCAGUGAUGGCUUGCUGGGACAUUGAGCAAUCCCUUCAAAGUUUAACAGGAGUUUCACCUGGGGAAGGUACAGGAGCGACAAUGUCGGAUGACGACGACGACCAGGUCGACAGCGAUACGAAUUUGUUUGAUGGGAGUUUAGAGGGUGCAGACACCAUGGGAUUUGGCCCUCUUAUUCCCACAGAGAGUGAGAGGUCCUUGAUGGAGAGGGUCAGGCAAGAACUGAAGCAUGAACUAAAAUCGGGUUACAAGGAAAAAAUUGUGGAUAUAAGAGAAGAAAUUCUGAGAAAGAGAAGAGCUGGAAAACUCCCUGGUGACACCACCUCUGUCCUAAAACAAUGGUGGCAAUCACAUUCAAAGUGGCCUUAUCCUACAGAGGAAGACAAGGCAAGGUUAGUGCAAGAAACUGGCCUACAGCUGAAACAGAUAAACAAUUGGUUCAUUAACCAGAGGAAGCGAAACUGGCACAGCAAUCCUUCAAGUUCCACAAACUUGAAAAGCAAACGCAAAAGUAGUGCAGGUGAAAACAGCAGCGACCGUUUCAAAUGACACUUUGGUUCAACACCAAUUCCUGUUUCAACACUCUGCUGCAUAGCAUUAUAAACCCCAUACCAAUUAUUUAGAAGCCAUUUUUAAGCCUGCAAAACGAACAUAGCUAUCGUGUUGACUGAAGAAGUUAGGGAUGAGAACGAGGACGAGGAUGGGGACAUACAUGAAAAUAUGCCGUAUGACGGGCAGGUGUUUCGGAAUUACUCGAAUCGAAAAGAAGUAUGAAGAUGAUUAAUGGUGUUAAUGUGAUAUAUGAUUAGGAAUUGAUAUUUAGGGGAGUAUAUUUUAGUUGAAAUGAAUUUGGAUACUCCACAUGGAUUGGAGUUGUGAUUUUGUUUACCUUCUUCAUGUAAUGUGAAUAAGAAAGGUGAGGGGUUAUAUGGGUGUACAGUUUUAAUAAUCUGUGCAUUGUUCCUUACAGUACAAUUAAUACAUGUGAUUAUAGCUCCUUUUUUUUAAUUUAAUAUUACAUAGUGGAGAAUUAUAUAUU